AUGCCGUCCAUAGUCAACCUCAAGUUCAAGGGUAACAAGUCUUUUGUUGCUUUUAGCAACUUGAGCGACACCGAGUCACUCACAAAGACUUGGAAGGUAUGCACCAAAGUAGCAUCAUAUCUCGAGCAGGGCCAACGCCUCGAGAAUCUUUCUUGGCGACUUUGGCACUUGCAGAACUUAAUGGUCGACACCGACAAUGCAAAGUCCAAACGCGAAUUCAAGAAGUUGUCAAAGAACAUGGGUGACAAACUCGACAAGGAGAAGGGCCGCGCUAUUGAAUCUCUCGAAGCACCUGACUUCAAACGAAACGCUUCAACUGACCUCAUCCGUCAACGAGCUGUCGAACGCGAACGUUCCCGAGAGGCUUCCCAAAACGCCCGGCCCGGUACUAUUAAGCGAAUGCAGUUUACAUUCAGCAUCGACGCUCCUCCCGGCUCGUUCCCCGCGACCUCUUCUUCAUCCUAUACCUUCUCUGGUGAAGGCUCCACCCCCACCAAGCCAGACCUCAGGCCUAGCGCCGAGUUCAGAGAGGGUCGCAGGCGCAGGAGAGGUGACGGUACCUCUGGCACUAAUCAUGCCUCUUCCGACCCCGCAUCCAACCAGAAUGGCGUUUCUUCCUCUGCCACGAACGACUCAUCUUACGAAAAAUUCGUGGCCUCGUACGAAAAGCUUCAUUUCCCUCCUAUUUUUAGUACUUCGUUCGGCCCAACUGCUAUCCUCUACUCUACCCCUACUCUAUCUAACCCUAUGAGCUACGGCGAAGGCGUCAGUGGUGGCUGCGCAACCGGCUUUAGCAUUUUUCGUCCAACAAUCGAACUCCCCCUAGACGAGCUUCUAGGCGAUGAGUACGAUGGCGAAGACGACCGAAUGGCCGACGCUCCCAUUGGGCAACCAGACGAUACAAAAGAGGACGGGAACGACGAAGGUGACGUCGUCAUGCGGUACGACGAAUACAACAACAACAUUGUCCCCACCCAGCCCGAGGGCGAGUCCCUCCUUGGCGGGUCUUCUGCAGCAGCAGCUUCCGUUGAGCAAGACGUCUUGAUGAGCGAUUCUCGUCAGCAGCAGCAACCACAGCCAUCUACUCCUGAUCCGUUCCCAAUCCCGCAGGUUCCUUCUCACACUCACACACACACACAAUCGCACCCGCGCACUCGCGGCAAGGACCGCUCCGGCAAGACACCAACUAACCGUCCUGUACUGACUGUGCAAACGUCUGCCACUAAGAAGACUAAAGCUGGACGGCGUGCUUCUGGAAGCGUGAAGAGUCCCUCGUCUGCUGCCCCGUCAGCAUCUGCUCUCAAGCACUCUGCUGUUGCGAACGUGAAACAUACUGCAUCCGUGACGGUACCUGCUUCUGCUACCGCGACAAGCCUUAAUCCCCUUCUCACCCUUGGAGGCGCUGCACCGGGUGGAGGAAAAGCAACGCUUACUGCUCCCGGCGGCGUCAAGGCUGAGUGUAGCAACUGCGGCGCUACUCAUACCCCGUUAUGGAGAAGGGGAUUGAACGACGAGUUGAAUUGUAACGCUUGUGGUCUUUAUUGCAAAUUGCAUAAACGUCCCCGUCCAAAGUCCAUGCGUGCUAGUCAUGGAGAAGGACGACGCGGUGGCAGCGCGCAGUGCUACAACUGCCACACGACUGCAACCCCUCUGUGGAGGAAGGACGACGAAGGCAAGACCGUUUGCAACGCAUGCGGCCUCUACUAUAAGCUCCACGGCUCCGCUCGUCCCAUUAGUAUGAAAUCCGAUAUCAUUCGCAAGCGUUCUCGACACGACGCUCGCGCGCAGCGUUCCUCCCUCACCGACACCCCAGGCGCUUCUAACACGCCAGGUACUCCUUCCGAGACGCUUUCUCAAACUCAGACGCCAUCCGCGUCUCCAGGCGUCUCGCGCCGCCCUACGCCGUCGCCUUCGCCAAUUUUGGCACCAGACAGCACGACACAGCCCGUUGCCUCGCACAGCAUGAGUGCGGGGAUGGGCGCAGGCGCAGGCAUGGUGGGUACGGGUAUGGGGGGCAGCAGUGAGUUAAUGGGUGCGUUGGGUGACACCUACGCGGUGUAUAACCCCUUCCCUGGGCCAUACCACCCAGACUAUCUCAGUCAGAACUGGGUGCCUCCCAGUAUGGCUGGCGUCAGUGGUGGCCCGAACGAGGCGUUACCAUUCUCUGGAGUCGAUAUUAUUGACGGGGAAGCGGGUUCCAACACAUCUUCGUCUAACGCAUCUCCAAACACCAAUAGUGCUAGCAACGUUCCUAACAACAACGCCAAUAAUACCGCGAACGCCAACUCGAACUCUCGCACAACUGGGCGUACCGCCAAGCGCCGUCGUAUGAGCACUGACAGCGUGUCAGAGCCUCCUAGCAGCGCGGUUUCUUACUCCUCUUAUGGAGGGGACAGUUUCACGACGGGUUCUGGCGCGACUAGUGCAGGUACCUCUUCGUCUUCGCGGCGUAGCAGCAUGGACUUCCCUUUCUUCAGUCCUUACACCGUGUUCCGAGGGAACGGUAACAACGCGUUCUGGCACCACUCUAGCAGCGGCGGCGGCGCUGAUCGCAGCCCGCAAUUCGUGCACCCUCCAAUGUUACCUGAUACUGCUGGAACCUCUGACGGACAUGCACAUGGGCAUGGGCACGGACGUGGUGGGCAUGGACACGGGAUGGAUUUCCUGCACCCGCCAAUGAUGCUUCCUCAGGAGGAAGAGAGUCUCUUCGCUACCUAUUUGCAUCCGCCGAUGAUUCUUCCACAGGAGGGUGAGCAGGUACAGCACGGGUACGAGUAUGGGCAAGGGGAGUACUACGAGACGGGCAACAUGCAGCAGUACUAG